AUGACGACAAAAAAACUGUUUACGUCUUUGCAAAACGAACUUUCAUUUGUAUCACGGAAUAAUUUUACCAAAGAGAAUAAAGCGCUGGGAAACGAUGCAAGGAAUGAGUCGAAAGAAGAAAGAGUAGAUUUAGAAGAACUUGAGAAUUUUGCUCAAACGUUUAAGAAGCAGCGUAUCAAGUUUGGUUUCACUCAAGGUGAUGUUGGUAUGGCGCUUGGGCGUCGAUAUGGCACAGACUUUUCUCAAACAACAAUUUCACGUUUUGAAGCACUAAAUUUGUCUUUCAAAAAUAUGUGCAAAUUGAGGCCGUUGCUCAAAGAAUGGUUGGCUGAUGCUGAGGCAGCGAUUGCUAGUGGAGCAUCAGUUAGUGAUCUACUGGAAGCACCGUCAAAGAAUUCUUCAACGCAGGUCUGUUACGGGCUUUUCGAGUCAAAUAAAUUUUCAAGAAUACCUUAUAUUGACGGGAUAGUCUCCUUACCGGAUCAGCGUUUGUGUUGUGAAGAUUUUUCGUCAAAUAGUCAACAAGGAUAUUUGGAAUGUCGGAAGGGUUCUAAUAGCAAUACAACUCCUACUCCGUCUGCUGGGGUCUGCCGGUCGCUUGCUGGCAAUAAAAUACGUAAAAAUGAGUUGGAAUUUGAGAAAAUAGAAACGUAUACGACAAAAUAUCCUAACCAUUCUUUGCCAAAAAAUGACAGAAAGGCAGUCUGCUUAGCUGAAGCACUGUUUGCUAUUCGAAAAGCUUUUCCUGACUUUAGCAGUUUUCCACUGCAUGAAGACACGUUGUUGGAAACGUCUGAUUGCUUAAAAAAAGUUAGGUUUUAUGAUUUAAACGAUGUCGAAGGUCUUGAAGUAGAACGUAGGUUUAUGGAUCUUGAUUUCAAUAUCUAUGUUCCGCAGCCUCAGGAUGAUGAUCUAAAUGGUGUCAGUUGGACUAAUUGUUGGUGGAAUGGUACAGAUCGGCCAUCUGACGAAGAAAUUGGAGUGGAUGCCAGAACUUUUUGGAAUUGUAAUAUAUAUAAUGCAGCAUAUUUUAAUACUGGUUACUCUUGGAACGGUAUGGGAGAAAUUUACGCCAACAUUAAAGAGCCUACAGAAGUUAAGGAUAGUGAGUGGAAUUGGAUGGAGAGAUGCAUUGAAGACCAUUUAUUGGUAAAUGGAGAUAACGGUGAUUUAACAAGUGGAAAAGUUUUGGCAGGUUCACCAUCUCCCAGUGGUGUGGCUUUAAAUUCUGGUGUCAUACCGCUAAGGAAACGUAGAAAACGUACAAAUCUUGAUGCAACACAGCGAUCAGCACUAGACCAGUUUUUUAAGGUUAAUCCACGUCCAGAUCAUGAUAAAAUGGCGCAAAUUGCUGAAAUGCUAGAACUUGAUCGAGACGUGAUUCGUGUAUGGUUUUGUAAUCGUCGUCAAAAGGUACGCAAAGAAUGA